AGGCUAAUUGGCAGUAUAACAUAAUCAACAGAGAACUCAAGAUGAAACAAUUCGCGGUUAUAUUCGCACUGGCUCUGGCAUCGGUUUCGGCCAUUUCUGUCCCUCAGCCGGGAUUCCCCGAAGGUCGUAUCAUCAACGGCUAUGAAGCGGCAAAGGGAGAGGCGCCCUAUAUUGUGUCCUUACAGACCACAGCCAACUCGCACUUCUGUGCAGGAAGUCUGAUCGACGAGGUGACCAUUUUGACCGCCGCACACUGCCUGACCUACAAUCAAGGUCAGGCAGUUGCCGGUGCACACAGCCGCACUGACCAGGAGAACGUUCAGAUUAGGAAGUUCACCAAUGCCCAGUACGUGAUCCACGAGAACUACGGUGGCGGUGUGGGACCCAACGACAUCGGCCUAAUUCUCCUCAAGGAAGAGGAUGCCUUUGACCUGAAUGCCGUUGCCCGUGAUGGCAGCAAUCCGGUGGCCGCAGUAAGUCUUCCUUCAAAGACAUUCCAAGGCACUGGCGAUGGAUAUUUGUACGGCUGGGGCCGCGACAACUCAGGAUCGCUAGCGCUGAACCUUCAGAAACUGGACGCUAUCAUUAUUGACUACAACGAGUGCAAGGCGGCGUUGCCAUCCUCAAAUUCGCUGGCAGAAACCAAUGUAUGCACCCACACCCCCGAAAAAGCCGACGGAUCCUGCAACGGAGACAGUGGCGGCCCCCUGGUCUCGAAAUCCAGCAGUCAAGGAGCCGAGCUGAUUGGCAUCGUCUCCUGGGGAUACAUACCCUGUCCGACCACUACCUAUCCUUCCGUAUACACAUCAGUGUCUUCGUUUUUGCCUUGGAUCGAUGAGAACCGUAAGGCGAAGUAGACAAUAACCUAUUCUGUUAUAUACCCAAUUAAUAAACGAACAUUCUGUAUUCAAACAAAA